AUGUCCACUCGCACCUGGGCCUCCGUAGCCCAGACCUCUAGCCAACCAGCAGCAGCAAGAGCAUCUACCCCGGCAGCCAGGACAUCUACUCACCAGACCACCACCACCAGUACAACCGUCUCAAAGCAACACCACCACAACCCUGCCGGCCCAACAGUACACUUCACGUCUUCCGCGGCACCCGCCGCCAACCACCAACGCAACGAACACUACCGCCCGCGCGGCCCCAGCGACCAUGGCCAAGACGUCUACGUCCUCACCCUCCUCCUGACGCCCGCUCACCAGCGUGAGAUGGCGGAUCUCGGCGAGAUGGCGCGGGGGGUGCGCGGGUUUGAGGUCAGGGCUGAUCGAGGUGGCGUGUUUAAGAUGGGGAGGGGCGUUGGGGUAGAAGUUGAUCGGGGGGCAUUGGACAGGGCGAGGGGUAUUAGGGAGGGGUUGAGAGCAGGGUGGCAGGGCCAGGAUGGUGAAAGACAUGUUGUGGGACUUGGUAGUACUAAGAGUGAGGAGAGACGACGGGAGAUUGGAUGGUUGAGUGAGCAGGAUGCUAGGAAGUGCUGGAAGGGCCAUUAUACGGUUAUGAAUAAGGAGGAUGAUAAAGACAGGAAGGAACAGUGUUAUCGGGAGUUGACGGAGGUUUGGCAUGGGAGUAAGGGGUCGGUGACAGGGUUGUGUCUUUGGAGGUAUGAUAGAGGUUGGUGGAGGGACGCUGAAGAAUUCAGGUUUGAGGAUAAGAAAGAAUAAAGGGGUUAGACAUGCAAUAGAAUGCAGUUCACGCUGCACGUCUCAGGCUUCGGGGGCAAGAAAGAUGUUGAUGGUCAAAUGCCGAAAAGCUCAAGUUGAGUAUCAGGAAGGAUGAAGAAACCAGAAAUCAAAGGGAUGAAGAAACCAGAAAUCAAAGGGAUG